UAGUCUAACCACCUCAGUUUUGUAGUUAGUCAGCUUUUGAGAUUGACAGACGUGACAUACACAACCUAUGGAAAUAUGGAUGGCGUUCGGCUAAUUACUGUUUAAUAUUUCAUCGGAUCAAAAUAACUGGAAACCGUUUGCAAUAUUAACAGGCUCAGAUAAUGUUGCAGGGGCAGCUGAUGGCAGUGCUGAUGCUUAACUCUCUUGGUGGGUGUGGGUACUAAUUCAUCUGUGUCGACAUGGAUUGAGGAAGUCUUGGCCGUGUAUCAGUUUCGAGCAAAGGAGGAAGUGAUACAGCGGAAGCGGAGCGCUUCCUUCAUAUGCCAGCCUCUCAUCUGUUUGCUUGUUGCACAUUCGAAACACACACUGGAUGACAACGCUAAUCAUACUUGCUGUGUCUCUCAUGCUGUCUGGCCAUGGACGACAUACACAACGGGGUUCAGAUCGGAGAGAACAAGUACAUCAGCAAGGCAACCAUUCUCUCACAUCUAAAGACGUACAACCUAUACUAUGAAGGACAGAAUCUACAGCUCAGACACAGAGAGGAAGAGGGCGAGCUGAUCGUUGAAGGCCUAUUGAACAUCUUUUGGGGCCUGCGUCGUCCAAUCAGGCUUCAGAUGCAGGACGACCAUGAGCGGAUACGACCGCCUCCCUCCUCCACAUCCUGGCACUCAGGUUGCAUUCUGGACAGUCAAGGCUCCCCAAACAGCACAGACAGCCAACAGACGCCACACAUGACUGUGCCCACUUUGGAGGUCACCUCUCCCGACAUCCAAUCAGAGAACAACGGUGUGAUGGAGGAGCACACAGAAGAAGAGGACAGUGAAAACUCAGCUCAGCUCCUCAGAACCAAAAGUGACGCCGGUGUUCUAAGGCGGGCCCACCGGCGCUCCCCGAGUGACCAGAGGAAGAUCCGGCGCCAUCGCUUCUCCAUCAACGGACACUUCUACAACCACAAGACAGCCGUGUUCACUCCUGCUUUCGGCUCUGUGACCAACGUACGCAUCAACAGCUGCAUGACAACUCCUCAGGUGCUACGAGUUCUUCUCAACAAGUUUAAGAUUGAAAACAGCCCCGAUGACUUUGCACUCUACCUCGUUCAUACCAGUGGAGAGCGUGCAAAGCUGAAACGCAGCGACUUCCCACUGGUGUUGAGAAUAAUGCAGGGCCCAUGUGAGCAAGUGUGUAAGCUGUUCCUCAUGGAGGAGGAUCUAGGAGAAGAAGUCACCUAUGACGUGGCGCAGUAUAUCAAGUUUGAGAUGCCGGUCCUGCAGAGCUUCGUCACCAAGCUGAAGGAAGAGGAGGACAGAGAGGUGCAAAAACUGAGGAGAAGGUACAACAUCCUGCGCUGCAUCAUAGAGAAGCAGCUGGGCUGUCUGCCAGAAGCAGCCUCGUGUAUGUGAACUAGCAAAUACCAUCCUGGGGAACUUUCUAGGUGAAGGUUUACAUUGUGUGUGGACAUUUUACAACACAGUGAUUGUCUUAUGCUAGUUAUUCAUUUUAAGCACGUGCAUUAAGCCAUGCUUUGAGUCAAGUGCCUGAUAAAAACACAACAAGCAAUGAUCACAUGAUCCCUACAUGAAAGUUUUACUGUAUAAGCACAAAGGUGGGGGGGACACAAAGGCGAGGAGCCUUAAUUAUCUCCCACAAUGCACUGUGUUCCAUGCUUGUGUUAAAUUGGUAACCAAAUGGACUCAAUUGGUUCUACAGCAAACAUAUUAAGCCCUUCACGGACAUCAGCCCAGCCUGCAUGUUCAGUUCAACACUUGGGAGAGACUAACAUUUAUGCAACAGAGUGCUAAAAACAGCAGAAAACUCCCGACAAAAAGAAAGAUCUGUGACCAGCUUUUUUGCAGUACAUUCCUAAAAACAGCAGUGGGCUGAGAACCAGGGUCAUCUGCAGCGGACAUUUGUGGUUUGCAUAACCGGGACUAUUUCUUCCUAAAGUGUGUAACUCUGACCAAAAACAAAUAUCUACUGCAGAAGAUGCUGAUUUUCAGGACAAUAGAGAAUAUUUUAUUACCAUUUUUGUAGCAGAUUCCUUAAAAACAGAUUGGGGUUCGUCAUAGAAAAUGUUGGACUGGUAGUUUCCUAAUCCUAAAAACAGCUGAGGGCGCCUGUCGUAGAGAGCAGUGGUCUCCAACAAUUGGCCCAGGGACCGGGACCGCGACCGGUCCGUGACGUAUUUUCUACCGCACCACAUAAACAUUAGAUCAUUUACAGACGACUUAAUUUUCUCUGAAUGAACUUUUGCCUGUCCCACUAGACCAGGGGUCGGCGAGCCGCAUGCGGCUCUUUAGCGCCGCCCUAGUGGCUCUCUGGAGCUUUUUCAAAUAUGUAUGAAAAAUGGAAAAAGAUGAGGGGAAAAAAAUCUAUUUUUUGUUUUAAUAUGGUUUCUGUAGGAGGACAAACAUGACACAAGCCUCCCUAAUUGUUACAAAGCACAAUGUUUGUAUUAAACAUGCUUCACUGAUUCGAGUAUUUGGCGAGCGCCGUUUUGUCCUACUAAUUUUGGCGGUCCUUGAACUCACUGUAGUUUGUUUACAUGUAUAACUUUCUCCGACUUUCUAGGACAUGUUUUAUGCCACUUCUUUUUCUGUCUCAUUUUGUCCACCAAACUUUUAAGGUUGUGCAUGAAAGAUGAGUUUUGUUGAUGUUAUUGACUUGUGUGGCGUGCUAAUCAGACAUAUUUGGUCACUGCAUGACUGCAAGCUAAUCGAUGCUAACAUGCUAUUUAGGCUAGCUAUAUGUACAUAUUGCAUCAUUAUGCCUCAUUUGUAGCUAUAUUUGAGGUCAUUUAAUUUCCUUUAAGUCCUCUUAAUUCAAUUUAUAUCUCAUGACACACUAUCUGUAUGUAAUAUGGCUUUUAAUAUUUUGCGGCUCCAGAUAGAUUUGUUUUUGUAUUUUUGGUCCAAUAUGGCUCUUUCAACAUUUUGGGUUGCCGACCCCUGCACUAGACACUAAUAUCAAAGCUGUAUAAUAAAACUCCUGAUAAGAAGUCGCCAUUUGUUAUAUCUUUCUUACAAGGGACAAUGCACAGUAAUGAACAUAUACAAUGUAAAUGUGUGAGAUUGUAGCCAAAAACUAAGCAAUCUGCAGUCCCUAGCAGGUUAAUGGUAUAUAGUGUGUGUACCAUCAACCUGCCAGGGACCAUCUCAUCACAAAGAAAAAAGCCCAGGGCUCCCACUAGCUCUGCGUUAUAGUGAGUUGUAUUUAUCUGCUACAUGUGGAAGGCAGAUCCACAAAAAUAAUAGACAUUAGACCAGUCUCGGGUGCAAAGGUUGGGGACCACUGAUAGAGAGAAUAUUUUGACUAACAAUAUUGCAGCAGACUCCUUAAAAACAGCAGAGGGGGCUCGUUUUUACUGCAGUUUCCUUAGAGGGGCAGUUUGCAACCUUUACGCAGACACCUAGAGGGUGCUAAAAAGUGUUUUAAGUUUUAUAUCGCGGACUCUUACGUUUUCAGCACAUAACUACGCCUGUCUGUAACACAGUUUUGUGUGCUGUCAGCUAAUGAUAGCCAUCUGGCUCAUUAGCUAUCACUUUUUAAUGAAUAUUCUAUCAUAACAACUUGACUGUAACU